CUUCUCUCAAUUUAGACGGUAACUCUAUUAGUGUGUUCCGGCCUUAUUAGAUUUUUAACAAAACAAAAUUAUUACGUAGCGCAUUUCAAGUUGCCCGGAUGUCACACGUCCCCGGAAGUGACCUAUCUAAAAUGGCGAAAGGUUCAGUUGUGUUAUAUCUGUUUGCUGUGGCUGUGGUUGGUCAGGCACUGACUCCGUCCACAUUUCUGACCACUGUGGACAGAGAGAGAUUGAGGUCUGUGUUUGAAUCAGCACAACCAUACACUGAUGCUGCCAAUGCACAUUAUUCCAUCUUGGGUCUUAAACUGCUUGGAGCAACAAUUCCCAAGGAGCAGGAGGUAUGCAGAUCUGUGACCUCAUCUGUAGAGGCCAACAGCGUAGCAUCCUGGUUCCACGCCUCCUCAGCAGCCAAAGCUUUGUCUGGAUGUAAACUUUCCCCGGGAAAUGCUGAAAAACUUCUCACCGCUGCAGUUGCUGAGGACAGCAGUGUUGCUGAUAUCUAUUAUGCUUACUUCGCAUUGAAAAAUCUAGGUCUUGCAGUUGAUGGAAAGAAAGUCUUGGCAGCUCUCACAGAGGCUUUAAAGAAAGACGAUUCUCCAUUGAGUCAUAGCUAUGCAUUCCGUGUGGCCACAGAGCUCAAUACAGAUCUCAACAAAUAUUUUGAUCUGAUAGAAGAUGUUGUCGCCCAAGCUGAUGAGGUUGAUGACAAAUAUCUGCAGUUUGAAGGUGGACUAUUUGUAUCUGCAUCAGUUGUAGAUAGCUCAUAUAAACUAGCAGGAAAAGUUGGCAAAGCUCCAACUAUAUCUCAGGAUAAAGUAUUGAAGUUUGCCAAUUACUUUAUGAGCCGUAAACAUGUACAUCAACUGAAAUCUGCAUACGCUCUUCUCUCUGCCAUCAACACACUCACUGAUAACAAGUUCCAUGUGCCAGUUAGAGUAACCAACUUAAUGGGAGGCAGUCUAGGUAAACUGACAGUUACUGCUGAUAGUGCUAAGAAUGUUGGAGACCAGUCUGUUGUUGUUAACAAGAAACAAUUCAAGGCCACAAACGAAGAAUCCCUGUAUGAGAUGGACUUCAUGGCAAAUAAACCCUCCAGUGGCUUCUAUAAGGUAACUAUUAGUGUAGAGGCCCAGAAAGCUGACAGUAGGCUCAUUGGUACAUCUGGGGCAUCGGUCACUGUCAAGGUCACUACUCAGAUAGCUGUGGAAAGUGUCGAGAUUGGUGUCGCUGAUAAGGAUCAAGGUUCAGCUCCAAAACCAGCCAGAAUUCAGUAUCCGAGAAGUAAAGACCACUCUUUCGAAACGGACUUCCAUCAGAAAAAUGUUGGCGGAAGUGCCAAAGAUUUUGGUUAUAAAUCUGGCAAAUACAAUGUUGAGUUGAUUGUUGGAGAUGCUGUCAUUGAAAAUCCAAUCUCAUGGAAACUGGCUGAUGUUGCUUUGACAUUCCAAGAAAUGCCAGCCACUGGUAAGAAAGUGGAUCAGUACGCCAAGAAACCAGAAAUUAAGCAUAUGUUCAGAGAGCCAGAGAAAAGACCAUCAAAGACUGUAUCACUGGCAUUUACUGGACUGGUUCUUGUUCCAUUUGCCAUUCUCUUCAUCUGUUGGAUGAAGAUUGGAGUAAAUAUCUCAAACUUCCCAUUCUCUGUCAGUGCUAUUGGCUUCCACGUCUGUCUUGGUGCAUUGUUUGGCCUAUAUUACAUGUACUGGACAACAUUCAACAUGUUUGAUACAUUGAGAUAUCUCGGAUUGUUAGGAAUUCCAACAUUUAUAUUUGGCAAUAGAUUACUUAGCAGUAUAGCAGCAAGAAGGAAAGGAGAGAAGUCUUAGAAAUACGAGAAUUUACUAGCUGGAGUGAAUGUGUAAAGGUCCAUGGUUUAAAGAAUAUUUAAUGAUGUUUAUUUGUUUAGUUUGUUAAUCAAAUUAUGGAAAGAAUUCAAUGUGUACAAGGUCUCUGGUUACAUACAUUUAUAUUCUGUGUCAUAUGAAAUGUUGCUCCUCAAAUUGUAUGAGUUUUGUUUUACAAUUAUUUUUUUACCGUAAUAUAGUUUGGAGGUUAAUAAAAUAUUUUUUUUAUAGGAACAUAGAUAGCAAGUUACCAUUUAGAGUUGACACAAAGCAGAGAUCUUGUUCAUUAUGAAUAUAGUCCUAUUUAAGAGAAAAAAACAGUGAUGUCCAAAGAUAUAUAUAUAUAGGUAGAUUACCUUGUAAAUAAAGAAAAAAGUCAGAAAACAGAGAGUGCAUUGUUCAUUUGUUCUGCUUCUCAUAAUUAAUGUUGGUUAAGGUUUUACAAUAGAAGUUGUCAAUUUUUUAUUAUCAAUUUAUUUCAAGUUGUCAAUAUUCAUGGAUUAAUUUCAUGGUAAGCAGUAUUCUAAUUGGCUCUUUCUGAUCAUUUCAUCCAGUAUCCCCUUAACCUGCUGAAUAUCUUAAUUGGACUUGCCCAUCUUUCAAUCCGGACAAAACCAUUCAUCAAUUUUAGGGAAAAUUUCCUUAAUUACAAUUUAUUGAAUACCAAAAUAUGCAGACCAAGAUCAGAUGCCAGAAGUUAUAUUACUACUAACUAGUCCAGACUUGGUGUAUGUCUUCAUCAAUGAGUAAUUCUAUACCUGUCAUGACAGUUUUGUAAGUACCCUCUCUGAGAUGUGUAUCAGGAUAUUGUUUUGGUUUAAUUUAUAUGCUAAUAGAUAACUAAGAAAAAGUGCUUUAUGUAUUAGGAACAUCUUGUUUUUUGUUUCUCACUAUUGGCAUAAAUAUAUAUAGACUUCGGAUAUUUACCUAGCAUAAAUGCUAAAGAAAAGCAAAACUUGAAUGUUUUCUUUUUUGAUAACACAAUACUUGAUGUAUUGAAGGCAAUCUCGUUAAAAUCAGAUAGUUUGGUCUGUUGCUCUUCCCUGUGACCUAGCAAAAGAUAGUGGAGGGACAGAAUAUGAUUUUAAUGAUAUUGGACAGUAAGCUAACUAGGUGCAAUAUGUAAUGUCAUUAAGUUUCCCAAAGUACAUGGCAAUGUUUUUGUUCUACAGUUGUCAUAAAGUUUUGACGUAAGUUUUAAUUUUUAUCUCUUGAUGUUUCUUUUUGUAUGAAGCAUUCCAAAGCCAUUUUCUUUCAUUCAGACAAGAGAACAGAUAAAAAAACAUCGUAUAUCAAAGUAUACUUAUUGUUAAGAAAUCCAUGUGCUAGAUUUGAAGGACCAUUUCAGAAUAUGUGUAAAUUGAUAUUUUAGUAUUUCCUUUUUAAAUAUUUUUUGACAAACUUUAAGACAGUUUAUAAAUCUAAUGUUUUUGUUAAACAGUUUAAAUAUGAAAGGAUCAUAAUUACAGAUAUCGCCAUUACCUAUGCAUUUAUAAGGAUUUUUUUGUACACAUUAGCUGUGUUUAAAUAUAUUUUUCAAAGAUUUAUUGAAACCAAAUUUAUUCUGUUCUAAUUUAUGAUUGUUGUGAAAUAAGUUGGUGUAUGACAAGGUUUAAAAGUUAUGUAUGUUAAUUAUGCUAGAAUUAUGUGUGUAAAUUUAGUAUUUCUAUUGAAAUAAAUAAUCUUUAUAUGUGAAA